UUCAUGUAAACGUUGCCGUGGUUACAGGUGUCAUUAAGUUAACACACCCUCAGGCGUCGUUGUGUGAGAAGCUUUAGUUAGCCUGAGGUUAGCCUGCUAGCUUUAGCCGAGUGUCCAUGCCUCGGAGUGACUCCACGUCACUCUCCGUUGAGGUUGGCUGAAUGCCUGUCAGACGGGCUCUGGUGCAUUGUGUUGUGUUGUCUCUGCAGGAUGCCUGCGUGUUUUAUCCGUGCUGCAGAGACUGCUUCUCGAGGAUUGAUGCUGAGCAGCAGGACACGACGAGAUUCAGAUGCUCCAAGUGUGGUUACAGCUGUCUGAGGGAACAGGUGGAUUACAGAUAUCGCCUCUCACUGAGGGUGGCCCGGGACAGCUGCAUAUUUGGAGUCACAGUGUUUGGAGCCUGUUUGAACCCAUUCUUUGGCAUUCAUGCCAGGGGUUUACAGAGGAUGGUGGAGAACUUGGAUGGAGCAUCAACCAGAUCCACUUUGCUGAUGAAGGCUGUGGAGGAUUGUUUCAUUGGCAGACAUUUCAUCUUUGGUAUAAAGGUAACUGAAACAGAAAGUCGGCCUUGGUUAGGAGUACCUGUUGCAAAUGGCUCCAGCAGUAAAGAAGCAGUCCACUUUAUUGCCAGUCAGAUGAUCCUCCCCAAAGCUAUGGGCCUGGGAGGCUGCACAGUGGUCAGUUAUUAUCAGACCCUUCUUCAGAAAGCUGCAGAAUACGAGCUGGGAUCCACCGAUCCCAGCAAAACCUUCAGACCCCCAGCAACCCUGCUGCUGAUUCCUCACCAUUUUCCAGCCAGCAGCUUCAAUAAUUCCACACUAUCCGCCUCAGGUCUUCUCUCCCAGUCACCACAAAGGUCACAGUACCAAGAUGGCACCCUUACUCCCACCCCUCCAUGGGAACAAUCACUUGGACUCAUUACUUCAUCGGCGGAGCAGGAGGAAGGCUGCAGUAUCUUGUACAGUGGAGAUGAGAACAGCAAGCCGACAGAAAACAAAAAAACACCACAUCAUCCACAGAGAGGCUGCCUGGAGAAUCAUAAAGUUACAGAGGAAAAGGCGCUGUCACCUCUUCUUGCUUUAGAGUGCAGUACUUCCAGUAGUCCAUCAUUUGCCAAAUACCCAUGCUCAUCCACUGAGAAAGCUGUUGGAAACGCAUACAUCCUAAACGCUGGUUCCAGUCCCCCCCCACCUGGCCACAACAUCUCCAAGGAGAAGGAUUUUUCUACCAGAAAACUCACCCAAACAUUUUUGUCAAGCUCCUUGGCUUGGGAAGAUUUGCCUUUCUCUGAGAGUCUCUCAGAGUUUUUGUGUGAGGAUAACAAACAUUUUGACAGUGUUGGUGAAACAGAGCCACAUCUAAAUGUGCAAAAUAGGAAAGAAACGAGAAGCAACCUGGAAAUCACGUCACAAGACAAGAACUUCUCACAUAAAUCAACUUCUGUUUGUCAAAGUAACACACAGAUAACAGACAGCCAAUCUCAGAUAUUACAGGAUAUCACCAAUACACCUGUUCCGAAUGGAGGUGACAGACAUGGUUUAACUGACCGGAUAUAUAAGACCCCGGUUGGAUGUGCAUUCAGGAGUCAAGCCAGAAACAUUUGUUCCCAUGAGUGUAAUAAGGAGGAUGAGAAAGCUCUUUCUCUGUCUUCUGAAAAUGAAGAAGAGCAGCUUGAAGUUGAUACCUACAAUUGUUCAGCAGACCUAUUCAGUAGCUCACUCAUUAUCGAUGUGAGCACAAACAAACUAAACACACAUGCCGAAACUGUCAGGACAACCACAGAGGCUCGCCCACUGCUCCCCACACCUAACAAACAACGCCUUAGGGGUGAAAAGGAAACACAUUCAACACCAGACAAACGGAAACGGAAAAAUAAAAAAUGCAUUAACAGAGACGGUUUAAUUCCAACAGGCACACAGGAUCUUGAUUUUAUCCCUCCCUCUCAGUCCACCCCCAUUGUUAAAGCAGCUGAUGUGAGAGGCUCACCUGCCUCCUCAUACAGAAACUUGACAUUGGCUAAAAUCAGAUCGCCACCUGACUGUCAAGAUUCAUGUGCCGUUUACGGAAAUCUGCCUGAAUUUGACAGUAAAAGGACAGCAAGCAGCACCUCUUCUCUUUGUAAACUAAGCUGUGUCAGUAAGACUUCCACCAGAGAAAGCCACAGAUUUACCCCUGAAAGGAGGUUCUGGAAACCAGACGAGCAUAAAAAACGUCAGCUGGCUCAGCAGCACCCAAGGGUCCAGAGAGGGGCUCCAAAAACAGGGUCAACUGGAAGGAUCAGCCGCCGCUGUAACUCAAGUAAUUGUGAUGUGACUGUCUACGAUUAUGAGGACAAUGAAGUCGAUAUUCCUCCGACUCCUGCUGCUGAAACACGACUGAGUGUGAAGCUCAGAAGAACAAUGCAGAGUGGAAACAGCAGCAGUAAUUUAGGUUAUUCUAGGGAAGGGCAGCAGGGAGAUGGAGUUUAUUGUAAAAGAACUCUGUUGGAUCGAACUCUCACAUCAUCACAGAGAGGUGUGGCACGAACAGAAAAUUGUGACAGUAAGACGGUUGAAGAGGGGAGUCUGGAUGGAUCUCAUUGUAACUUCCUUGAUGAUGAGAACGAGGCAUGUGAUUGGUCUAGAGAUCUAUUCUCUGACUCGAUCUGAGAGGUUCUGUUGCAGAUGGCCUUGACACGUUAUAUAAACUUUUUUUUUUUUUAUGUAUUUGAGCUAGUACUCCUGUCUAUGCAGAAGGAUCUAAGAAUAGAUCACAUAUAUCAAAUACUAAACAUAGCAGAGAGGCCGUUGUAAGGCACUACAUGUGAAUCCUCACUUGGACCACUUCUGCUAUUUGCACUUUAUUUUUGAAAAUGUAAUCAUUUGAGGGAUCAGCAGCCUCAGUCAUACCCAUUGCCAUGUAAUUUACAUUGACAAAUGUGCAGUAAAAUGGGUGAUACUAAAGAUCUCAGCACCAAACUUCAGCAGUUGAUCCUGUAGCUGAAUUUAAUCCAAUCCCUGCAGCAAGUUACUAAAUCUUGUGGAAAGCCUCCCAGGAAGAGUGGUUUUGUAAUGAGUUAAAAAAUGAAUCACAUAUGGAUUUAAUGUUUGGAUGUCCACAUUAUUUUAGGGAUUUAUUUUGAAAGGAAGAUUGUUAUGCACUUUAAACUAAUCAAAGGCUUUUAUUGGUCUUGGUAACUAAAAGCUUCACAUCAGAUCAACUCUUGAACAUUCAGGAGUGUCGUAUUAUUACCUAUGUUUGAGGUAUUUGGACCAUAAAAUGUAGGAUGUGUCCCUGCAGAUGGUUGACUGUGUUCUUAAGACUUUCUGCUGCUGCAUCGUCGUGAUUGCUUCAUUAAAGUCAUAACCCAGUCUGUUCUCCAUUGGUUCUACAACCAUGAAUGCUAUUAAAAGCGAAGUAAAAGGAUGACGUGUAUGAUUCGGUGGUUAUCUGAUAAAUGAACUGCUGCUGCCACAUCCAAGAACCAUUGGAUUUAAAAUAAAAAAAUCUUGACACUGACAUUUAUUCUAGUGUUUUGGUCGGUAUUAAUAAAAAGUAUAGACGGACAAGAAAUACUGGGAACAUACUACAACAAGAAUCCCCAGCUGGAAUUGAACCAGGAUCUUUUCAACGUUCAAUAUACGGUAUGCACCCCAAGGCCAACAAGAAGCACUGUCACCCUUGAAUGCUGAUCUGCUGCUACUGUGUUUGUUUUUGAGAGGGUGUUAAUGUAGCGAUGAGCUGAUGUGUACAGUGUCAUGCCAGGGAGCUAAGAAUAGCCGUCACCAAAUAUCAUAUCUACAAUGUUCUGGAUGUGUGAGAGUGUGAGAUGAAGAUGAUGUUACGUGUAAAAAUGGAACAAGAAGUUCAAAGCUGGAGAUUUGUAUUGUAUGUGUUGCAGAAGCAGGGUUGGUGUGUAGUCUGCUGGGUAUGGCGUGGUGUGUGUGUCUAUGUGGAAGUAACAGCUACCCAUUUAUUUGAUGCUGGCAGACACACGUUGAGUCCAAGAACAAGACCCUGUGCUGUACCUUGUGCAGGAAGGUAGUACAGAUUUGUACUCAGCAGCUCCAGACACAGAGGUUUGUGUGCCAGAGAAUUUUGGCUCAGUUGCUUCAAUAAUAAAAAUAGUUAAUAUAACCUUGAGUGAUAGUAAAUAUAACCCCAAGUGUCUGUUCAUGUGCUUUGCAAUUCAAUGUACUGUAUGUACCAAGUGCCCAUUAUGAUUUUAUAAGAUGUGAAUGUAAAAUCUGGCCUAAGGGUUGCGCUUAAGGAAGAUGCAGACAGAUACAGAUUCUGAAGAUGUACUUUUUGUUUGCCCUUAUUUCAAGGCAGAUUGUCAGAGUAUACACAUUUUCAGUUUGUUUUUUUCUUGACAACUUGGGCUUAUUUUCAACUAUAACUUAAAAAAGCUUGUAGUGGCUACAAAAUUAAUAAAUCAU